GCUUCUUGUCCCUCAGUUUCCUUUUAAAAUUUCGUUCUCUUUUUGUGGAGAGAGAGAGAGAGAGGGAGAGGGAGAGGGAGAGGGCAUGAUGAGGGAGGAGGAGGUGGAGCGGAUUCGAGGGGUGGUUCGGGACUGCGUGAGCAAGCACCUGUACUCGUCGGCGAUCUUCUUCGCGGACAAGGUGGCGGCGGCCACCGGCGACCCCGCCGACAUCUACAUGCAGGCCCAGGCCCUCUUCCUCGGCCGCCAGUAUCACCGCGCCCACCACCUCCUUAACUCCUCCCCCGUCCUUCUCCAGGAUCUCCGCUUCCGCUACCUCGCCGCCAAGUGCUUGGAGGAAUUGAAGGAUUGGCAUCGAUGCUUGAUGAUGCUUGGAGAUGCUAAAGUCGAUGAACAUGGGAAUGUUCAUGCCCAAACGGAUAAUAGUGCAAUGUACUUGGACAAAGAUGGUGAAAAUCAUGAAAUCAAUCAGAUUACAGCAGCAAUUUGUUUUUUACGUGGAAAGGCAUAUGAAGCUUUGGAGAAUCGUGCCCAAGCCCGACUAUGGUACAAAGCGGCUGUUAAGGCAGAUCCCCUAUGCUAUGAGGCUUUGGAAUGUUUGGUUGACAAUUACAUGCUGACUUGCGAGGAAGAAUCGAGAUUGUUGUCAUCUCUGCAAUUUGGGAAAGAUGAUAGGUGGCUAUCAACAUUUUAUUCAUGCUUGAUAAAGAAGCAUGACAAAGAGCAAGUUGUAGAAGAAAAGUUCAGGGAGCUUGAAAGAGAAACUUCUGCUUCUGCUCCUUCAGAUUCAUCAUUUGGUCGCACAUUAAGAAACAACGCCGACUUGUUGGCUUGCAAAGCUGAAUACUACCAUCAAUGUGGAGAGUAUCACAAAUGUUUUGAACUCACUUCUGCGUUAUUAGAAAGGGACCCUUUCCAUUCCAAAUGCACAUUAGUUUAUUUGGCAGCUGCUGUGGAGCUUGGCCGCUCAAAUGAUAUCUAUAUGAUGGCAUGCAAUUUGGUCAAGGAUUAUCCUCAAAAAGCUCUAUCUUGGUUUGCUGUGGGAUGCUACUACUAUUGCAUCAAGAAAUAUGACCAAGCACGAAGAUAUUUUUGCAAGUCUACAAGUGUAGAUGGGACAUUUGCUCCUGCUUGGAUAGGUACUGGUAAUGCUUAUGCUGCCCAAGAAGAGAGUGAUCAAGCAAUGUCUGCAUUUCGCACAGCAGCUCGUUUGUUUCCUGGGUGCCAUUUGCCAGCAUUAUACAUGGGGAUGGAAUACAUGCGAACACACAAUUUCAAACUUGCAGAACAGUUUUUUCUGCAGGCAAAAGCAGUCUGCCCUUCUGAUCCUUUUGUUUACAACGAGCUUGGAGUUGUAGCCUAUCACAUGAAAGAGUAUCAGAAAGCUGUUCUAUGGUUUGAGAUGACAUUGGACCAUGUUGCAUCUUCGCUAAGUGAAUUGUGGGAACCAACUUUGGUGAAUCUUGCACAUGCACAGAGGAAGCUAAAGAGGUACCAUAAGGCAAUCUCCUAUUAUGAGAAGGCGCUGACUCUUUCAACUCGAAAUUUGAGUGCAUUUGCAGGUCUGGCUUACACUUAUCACCUGCAGGAUAACUUUGAUGCUGCAAUUACUUAUUAUCACAAGGCUCUAUGGUUGAAACCGGAUGACCAGUUUUGUACAGAAAUGCUGACAUUCGCCCUGGAGGAUGAAUGCCGAGGCACUAACCGGAGAAAGUGAAUGGUAUAUGUUGCUGCAUCAGCCGAUGUAUGUAACAAAAACAUUCUGUACAAUUGGCAGCAAUGAUCCUGAUAUAGUUUAUACCACUGAUUAUUCUGUAAAAUUAUCUUAUUUUUUCUGUUCCUUUGGAAUAUUUAAGCGAAUUCACAUUUUUUCCAAGUUUUAUGUCCUCUUGUUGAGCUAUUUUACUUGACCAAAGUUUUGAAAUGACACCUAAUUUAGGUGCAAUUUUAGCCAUAUUAUGUUUAA